AUGUCUAACGUUGGAGGCGACGGGAUGACAUUAAGCGCUCUAUUUGAAAAGCUCAUUGAAUUUAGAGAAGAUUUGGAAAAAUCGACUGCACCUGUUUCGUCGGAUGAGGUUCAAACAAAAGUUACCAAAUCUAUAGAGUUAUGUCAUAAUGGGAUCCAGAUGAUAAACGAGUUAUCCGUCUUCAGUGACAAUGAGAACAUUGAUGAAGUGACAACGGAGGAAUUGAAAUAUUUGCUGCUACCUGCAUUUUCAGGCUACUUCAACGACAAAGUAACCACCGAGGAACGCAUCGAUGUGAUUCGCAAAAGCAGAGAGUGUUUCAUAAAUUUUUUAAAAUUGUGCAAAUUGUAUGGUCUGACAAAUUACAAAAUAGAUAUAGAAAGUAGCUUAGAUGGCGGUGAUGUUGGUUCAAAAAAACUGAAUAAAAAUCCUACAGCAGUUGACCAUAUAAAAGAUGAUUCUGCCAGAAGGAAAGAGAAGAUUAAUAGAUAUAAAUUGGUGAAAAAGAUGGAAACUGAUUUAGAAGAACUUCAUGAAGAAGUCAAAAAGGAACAUGUGGAUGAUGAAACUAAACGAGAGUAUUAUCUCAAAUUGAUUAAUAGAUGGAUAUAUAUAGCAAUAGAUACCAUAGAAAGCAUAGACAAUGAGAUGCCACUUUUAGAACACAUGAAAAAAUUAAAAUCUACCUCUUUAAACAAAUCAGAACCAUCAAGAGAACCAUGUGAUGGUCAUGAUUGUCACAAACAUUCAAAACAAAAAUUUCAACCUUUCAUCAUCACAAAAGAUAACUUUCAAAAGCAAGUAUUUGGUUUAGGCUACCCCAGUAUUCCCACUGUUUCGGUGGAUGAAUUUUAUGAUCAAAGAGUUCAGGAAGGUUUGUUCCCCAAUGCUGCUGCCACAGCCAAAAAACCAGAAUAUAUAAAUGUUGUUCACAUUUGUUUUUUUGCUCUUUUUAGGGAAAAAGAAGCCACACAAAAGGAUAAAAAUGAAGAUGAUGAGGAAGCAUUGAGUAGAGCGAGAAGAUGGGAUGAGUACAGGGAUGAUCAUAGAAGGGGAUGGGGUAACAUGCACAAUAAAGGAUAA